ACCAGUGCAGGCCCCUGGGCUAGUGGCGACUCCCCCUCGGCGUCUUCCUCAACAGCGCGGACGGCGCCGGCUCCUCGGAUGAGCCCUCCAGUUCCCCGACUUUGAGAGGCGUCUCUCCCCCGCCCGACCGCCCAGAUGCAGUUUCGUCUCUUCUCCUUUGCCCUCAUCAUCCUGAAUUGUAUGGAUUACAGCCACUGCCAAGGCAAUCGAUGGAGACGCAGUAAGAGAGCUAGUUAUGUAUCAAAUCCCAUUUGCAAGGGAUGCUUGUCUUGUUCAAAGGACAAUGGGUGCAGCCGAUGUCAACAGAAGUUAUUCUUCUUUCUUCGAAGAGAAGGCAUGCGCCAGUAUGGAGAGUGCCUGCAUUCCUGCCCAUCCGGGUACUAUGGACACCGAGCCCCAGAUAUGAACAGAUGUGCAAGAUGCAGAAUAGAAAACUGUGAUUCUUGCUUUAGCAAAGACUUUUGUACCAAGUGCAAAGUAGGCUUUUAUUUGCAUAGAGGCCGCUGCUUUGAGGAAUGUCCAGAUGGUUUUGCACCAUUAGAUGAAACCAUGGAAUGUGUGGAAGGAUGUGAGGUUGGCCAUUGGAGUGAAUGGGGAACUUGUAGCAGAAAUAAUCGCACAUGUGGAUUUAAGUGGGGUCUGGAAACCAGAACACGGCAAAUUGUUAAAAAGCCAGCAAAAGACACGAUACCAUGUCCAACGAUCGCUGAAUCCAGGAGAUGUAAGAUGGCCAUGAGGCAUUGUCCAGGAGGGAAGAGAGCGCCAAAGGCAAAGGAGAGAAAGAACAAGAAGAAGAAGAAGCUGAUAGAAAGAGCCCAGGAGCAACACAGCGUCUUCCUAGCUACAGACAGAGCUAACCAGUAAAAUAAAAGACACAGGGUGGUGUUUUUUUUGUUGUUUGUUUGGUUGGUUUUUUUUCUUGGUUGGGGGUUGUUUUUGCAAAAGUGCACAAAGCUACUCUCCACUCCCGGACACUGGUGGGUUGCAUUUGCGCUGCUCGGACCAGUACCUGUUCCCAGUCACGUUGUGAGAGGAGGAGCCACGAGCGUGGUCUCUGUGUUAUUUAUGCUUUGAUUUGCAUCUGGAGACUGUGAAGGCGGGAGCUUGCAACCUGCAGCAGUGGCAGCAGGAGUAAGUGUACAGCAUGUGACUCAGCUCGCUGUGCCCCCAGAGAGAGCCACCCCUGGUCCCACAGAGGGGCAGGAGGUGUGAGGCUGCAGACCCCCCACUGGAGAAUUGACUUGUGCAUAUUUAUGGAAAGACAGCGCUUGGCAGGCACAGUGCUAUUUCGCUUGUGACCUUUAUUUCUCAUAUUGCAUUUUCAAGGAUCAAGGUAUGUGGAUAUCUGCUUAGUGUUACCACACGUGGUUCCCAACAUCUGUUACCUUCCAACUCUUGUGCACGGAGACUGCUUUUAGCUGGGGUUCCGCUGCAGGAAUUCCAGUUCAGUUUCACAGCAGCUUGGAUGUGUACAUACUCUGCUGGGGCUACAUAUAAACCUCUUAUUUACUGUAUUUAUGCUUUCUUCUGUGCAACAAGUCAUACCUGAUUAAUAUUAUGUCACUUUGUUUCUAGUGGUUCCUAACCAUUGUCUGGUAAAUGACUGUUCUAGUUUUGCGAAUUGAUGAAUGUUUUUCUGCCCCUUGAAACUUAACUUUUCUUUUCUUUGUGGGCUUAUUUCUCAUUGUAAGGAUAGGAUAAGCUAGUUUGUACAUAGGGUCAAAUGACCCCUGUCAGAGAAUUUGAAUAUCAAUAGACCUUCCCUACUCCUGACCCCAGCUAAAGCUUGAGGCCUCUGGCAGUCAGAAGCCAAAACUCCCUUUGAGUCUAAGAUGUGAUGACUUUAUGAAACACAACUGAAAACAUGAGGAAUUACAUGCAGUCACUUGUAGUACUCAUCAUGCAGUUUCACAGGUCAACUAGAGAAUUUUUCAAACUUUUAAUUGCAAACUUCAAUAUGUAUAGUUUCCAUUUAAAGCAGUUCCUGACUUGCAAUGACAGAGCAUCUAUCAAUAUUCUUAGGUCAGUGUAGAAAUUACCAUCUUAUGAGACCAUGCGUAGAACUGGAGGAGAAACAUAAUUCCUACAACUGCUGGUCAGAUCUUAACAGGACUCCUUUGAACCAGAAUUUCUUUCUUAUCCAAGACAGAGAGGAACACUGUGCAGACUUCCCAGGUGACUUUCAGAGCAGUUGUUUCAAAAACAUCACUGUCCACUUGGGGGAAUCAGUUCUUAGAGGGUUUUGAAUCGGCUUCUUCCAAAAGCAUCACUAUCUUCCUGGAUGAUCCAGAAGAAAAUUAGAACAAAAAGGAAUGGCUGCAGAUUUUUGAGGAAAAAUACAAAGGUAAAGCCUUUUUCUCACCUUGCAUUUGCUAAACUACCUCUUCUGUAUUUUUGUUUAACUUUUGAGUCAAAAGCAUCUUACCAAUAAAUAUGAAUGUCAAAUACGUCAUUAUGAAAAUACUAUUGCUAUGAGAUAAUAAGCCAUAUAUGAAUGUUGUAUACAACUUUAGGGUUUGCAUUUAAUCCUAAAGUGUUCACCUCCUUUCACAUCUAUUUACACUAUAUUCCUAUUUACUAAGUGGGGAGGGGGCUUCUUUAUAUAGUGCUUCAUCGUUAAUAAGUCAAUACCUGUUCUG